CAAACCAUCUCUACUUCCAAAGCAAAACCCUAAUUUCAUGGCUGCUCAAAACCAGCUCCCAAUUGCAAUCCCUAAAGACCUCCCACAAAUGGAGGAAGAAAUCAACUACUCCGAAAGGGCCCAGUGGCUCCGAGCCGCAGUGCUCGGGGCCAACGACGGCCUAGUCACCGUCGCGUCCCUAAUCCUGGGCGUCGGAGCCCUAAAACACGACGCUCGGGCCAUAAUCCUGGCCGGCUUCGCCGGCCUCUUCGCCGGAGCUUGCAGCAUGGCCAUCGGCGAGUUCGUGUCCGUGUACACUCAGCUGGACAUAGAGAAAGCUCAGAUCAAGAGAGAGAAAGCGACAAUGGCCGGAAACGGUGGGGCCGAGGAGUCGGAGAGAGAGGCGCUUCCUAACCCUUGGCAGGCGGCCGCGGCCUCGGCCAUAGCGUUCUCGUUGGGGGCUGUGCUUCCGUUGCUCGCGGCUGCGUUCGUGGAGGACCAUAGGGUCCGGCAGGGGGUGGUGGUGGCGGCCACCACCGCGGGCUUGGUGGGGUUCGGAGGAGUCGGGGCGGUGCUCGGGAGGACUAAGGUGGUGAGGUCUUGUGUGAGGGUGGUGGUGGGUGGGUGGAUGGCCAUGGCUAUCACAUUUGGUCUCACUAAGUUGCUCGGCUCGAGUGGAUUUGAGAUGUGAUGAAUCGAACUUUUGAUCUAUUGGUCGUGCGUGUGUGUGGAUCUAGGUUUUCCUUUUUUCAAAGAAGUUAAUAAAGACUAAAGAGGAUCAGUAAUGAUUUCUCGUCUGUGUCAGUGGUCGUGGUUAAAUCGUACCCUCGAUCUGUUGGUUUCUAAGAUGUAUUUCUUCACCAAGUGAAUUUAGGUUUGAGGGGAUUUAUUUUA